GCCGCUUCUUCGCUCGCGCUAGCUGUGCGUGCGCGCCCGCCCUCCCUUUAUAACGCGGCGAGGCCAGCGCGGAGGCAGAGAGCCCAAGGACGCGCCUCGCCUCGUCGCCUCCUUUUCGAGAUCCGCGCGGAGGCCGGCCUCGACCGCUCCGAUUCCGGCGAGGUGCCGCGCGGCCUAGAGGCUACUACAGCAGACAAGCUGCGGUUUUUGGGGUUCUUGGUCGACCCGGUAGUUGGUGCAGACAAAUCGCGUGAAGCUUGGUGACCUGUACAUGUGCGUGAGGGACUGAUGGCAUUUGGCCGGGGUGCAAAGAUGGACGGCCGCCGGCCGUCCUCGUCGUCCUCGUCGUUCUGCACGACCACCACGGUCGUCGUCUUUGUGGCGCUCUGCCUGGUUGGCGCGUGGAUGAUGACGUCGUCCACCGUCUUCCCGCUGGAGAUUUCGUCGAAUAAGAAGUCUGUGGUGAAGCAACAGCCAGCGCCUGUUAACUUCGGUGCGUCUGAGGAUGCAGCAUCUGGCAAUGCUGGUGAAAGUUCUGGGAAAUUUGAAGAUACCGACAACAACGACACCACUGUCCCAGAAGAGUCGAAUAACAAGGAAGCUCCUGAGGAAGAGAAGUUCACCGAGAACAUGGCGGAGAAGCCUGAAGAGAAGGAGCAGGAACCACCAAGAGAGAGAGAGGAGAACAAGGAUAUGUUUGACGAUGCAAAUGGAAAAUCAGAAGGGCGGUCAGAUGAUGUGAAGAAUGACAAUGAUGAUGGAGAUAAGAGCGAGGAAAAGAAAGAUGAUGAAAUCACAAAUGAGAGUGGUGAUGAGAAACCUGACGGUGAGAGGAAGGAUGAUCGAGAAGAAAAGUCUGAAGGUGAUGCCACUCAGGAGGAGCAACCUCAAAUAGAAGAGAAGGUGGAAGAAAGUGGAGAGAAGAAGGAACAGAGCUCAAACUCUAAUGAGGUAUUUCCUGAUGGGGCUGAAUCAGAGCUUCUAAAGGAGUCAAAUACCCAGAAUGGUUCGUUCCCCACACAGGCUGCAGAGUCAAAGAAUGAGAAGGAAGUUCGAGCAUCAUCAAAAUCAUCAGGUGAUGAGUCCAGCUAUAGCUGGAAACUAUGCAAUAGCAGUGCCUCGACAGAUUAUAUUCCUUGCCUUGACAAUGAGAAGGCUAUCAAGAAGCUUCGAAGUACCAAACAUUAUGAACAUCGUGAAAGACAUUGCCCUGAGGAGCCCCCGACCUGCCUUGUUCCACUCCCAGAAGGAUAUAAACGCCCAAUUGAAUGGCCAAAGAGCAGGGACAAGGUAUGGUACAGCAAUGUUCCACACACCAGGCUUGCGGAGUACAAGGGUCACCAAAACUGGGUUAAAGUCUCUGGUGACUACCUCCUGUUUCCUGGGGGAGGGACUCAGUUCAAGAAUGGUGCACUUCACUACAUUGAUACUAUUCAGCAGGCGCUGCCUAAUAUUGCAUGGGGCAAACGAAGCCGUGUCAUUCUAGAUGUUGGUUGUGGUGUUGCCAGUUUUGGAGGUUACAUGUUUGACAGAGAUGUGCUUACCAUGUCUUUUGCUCCAAAAGAUGAGCAUGAAGCUCAAGUACAAUUUGCACUAGAAAGGGGAAUUCCAGCAAUAUCAGCUGUGAUGGGCACAAAGAGACUUCCAUACCCCAGCAGGGUCUUUGAUGUCAUUCAUUGUGCUCGCUGCAGGGUCCCUUGGCACAUCGAAGGUGGCAUGCUUUUGCUAGAACUUAACCGCCUUCUACGCCCUGGUGGUUACUUCGUCUGGUCUGCCACUCCUGUUUACCAGAAACUCCCAGAGGAUGUCGAGAUUUGGAAUGCCAUGUCGGCUCUGACAAAGUCCAUGUGCUGGAAGAUGGUCAACAAGACUAAGGAUAAGUUAAACCAGGUUGGUAUGGCAAUAUAUCAGAAACCAAUGGAUAACAAUUGCUAUGAGAAAAGAUCAGAAAACAACCCGCCAUUAUGCAAGGAUUCUGAUGAUGCAGAUGCUGCUUGGAAUGUACCUUUGGAAGCAUGCAUGCACAAGUUGCCCGCUGGCCCGACUGUUCGAGGAGCAAAAUGGCCAGAGUCAUGGCCACAAAGGCUUGAGAAGACCCCUUUCUGGCUUAAUGGUUCCCAGGUUGGAGUCUAUGGAAAACCUGCAAAUGAAGACUUUGAGGCAGACAAUGCUCACUGGAAACGGGUUGUAAGUAAAUCAUAUGUGAAUGGCAUGGGAAUUGACUGGUCCAAAGUGAGAAAUGUCAUGGACAUGAGAGCAGUGUAUGGAGGUUUUGCUGCAGCUCUGAGGGACCAAAAGGUCUGGGUUAUGAAUAUCGUGCCAAUUGAUUCGCCAGACACCUUGCCCAUCAUUUAUGAGCGCGGUUUGUUUGGUAUGUAUCAUGACUGGUGUGAGUCUUUCAGCACUUACCCAAGAACAUAUGACCUUCUGCACGCAGACCAUCUGUUCUCGAAGCUCAAAAAGAGAUGCAAAUUGAUGGCAGUUUUUGCCGAGGUCGACCGUGUGUUGAGGCCACAAGGCAAACUGAUUGUGAGGGACACCGCGGACACAAUAAACGAACUGGAGAGCAUGGCCAAGUCCCUGAAGUGGGAGGUGCGCAUGACCUACACCAAGGGUAACGAGGGGUUACUCUGCGUCGAGAAGUCGAUGUGGCGGCCCAAGGAGCUUGAAGCAAGCACGUGAAGUAUAUGUGUUGAAGAAAACUGUCACUGGGUAGGGUAAAUUAGACGAAUUUUUGCUCUAGAUAUGCAUAUGAUUCUUGUUGACGCUGAAAGGACAAAUAUCUUUGGUGUAACUGUAGAAUAAUACAUCCGUUUUUCCCCAUUUUUUUGUUUCACCACGUUGCUGUAAGAUAGUGCUGGAAAUCACAUGUACGACGUUCAGUUCAAUUGGUACCUCUUUCA